UUUUAAUUUACACUAAUGCCACUGCCACCUCUUAUUCCGCCAGAUCCACCACCGUCUCCGCAACACUGAUCCACCAACCGUCACCGGAGAAGAAACAUUCAGCAAAUUAGAAAAUGGCGACGAAGAACACGAAGCAGAACAUGUCCGUGUUGUUAACUAAGCUCGGAGAUCGAGAUACUUUCACAAUGGCGGCUCGAGAGCUUGAUUUAAUGGCUAGACAGAUUGAUCCUUCCUCCUCCGGGAAUCUCCAGUCGUUUAUCUCCGUUAUACUCUCCGCCGACACCGGAGAUAAACCGGCGGUUCGUAAGCAUUGUAUUCACUUGCUCUCUGUUUUAUCAGUUUCUCUUCCUCUCAAUUCUCUGUCUCCUUUCCUCUCUAAGAUCCUUACUCGCAUCACGAGACGUCUCCGUGAUCCAGACUCUUCGAUUCGAUCAACUUGCGUCGCGGCUGUGUCGGCGAUCUCUUCACGUACGACGAAGCCUCCGUUUUAUUCGGCGUUUAUGAAGCCGUUAGCGGAUACGCUUUUCACUGAGCAAGAGGUUAAUGCGCAGAUCGGAGCUGCGCUUUGUCUCGCGGCGGCGAUUGAUUCGGCGUCUGAUCCGGAUCCGGUUCGGUUAGGGCAGACACUUUUGCCUAGACUUGAGAAGCUGGUGAAGUGUAAUGCGUUUAAGGCGAAAUCGGCGGGAGUUGUUGUGAUCGGAAGUGUGAUUGGUGCUGGUGGUUUGUCUGGAACCACUUUGAGCUCCGGUGGAUUGAAAGGACUUGUGGAUUGCUUAUUGAGCUUCUUGGUUAGUGAAGAUUGGGCCGCGAGGAAAGCAGCUGCUGAAGCUUUGGGGAGGUUAGCUACAAUGGAGAGAAAUGAGUUAGGUGAGUUCAAGGCUAAAUGCUUGAAGAUCUUCGAAAGCAGGAAAUAUGAUAAGGUGAAAGCUGUGAGAGAGGUGAUGAAUCAGAUGAUGGAGGCAUGGAAACAGGUUCCAGAUUUAUCAGAAGAGGUUUCUCCACCCAGAUCUAAUGCUUCUUCUAAAGGUGAUGCAAGUGAUGGACGAUACCCUUCCGGAUCUAGAGUUGCUUCAACACCGGCUAAAUCAAGAACUCAUAUAGUUAACAGAUUGACUCCACCGGGGAGUUCACUAGCCACCACGGCUAGGAAACAGGCUAGCAGAAAAAGCAUUGAUCAGAAGAAAACCAGUCUAACGGCAUCACAUACAAAACCAAACGUGAGGAGAAGAUUGGACUGGAAAGCUGGAGGAGCUAGUAUUCCUACUGGUGUGCCUCUUGAAGACGAACAACAUCGUGACCAUAACGAGAACGCAAAGGAAACGAGUCAUUCUAGUCACAAUACGAAUCAGAAGCUAGGAGGUGUUUCCAGUUCUCUUAAUGGCAAUAUCCCACCAUCCGGUGCUACAAUGGUAACAGGGCAUCAUGUCUUGUCUGAAAACCCAAAUAGUAGUAACUGCAAAGGGUUUGAAGAUAUAUCUCUGAUCCGUAAUCAGCUUGUUCAGAUUGAACAACAGCAAUCCAAUCUAAUGGAUCUUCUUCAGAGAUUUGUCGGAAGCUCACAACACGGAAUGCGUGGUCUGGAAACACGAGUUCACGGUUUAGAACUUGCGCUGGAUGAGAUAUCUUAUGACUUGGCGGUUUCAAAUGGGAGAAUGAGUAACGGUUCAAGCAGAAACAACUGUUGUCUCCUUCCUUCUGGAAGUUUCAUCAAAUCUAAAUUCUGGAAGAAACACGAUUCGAAGUAUUCAGCAUCGAGAAUGUCCACUUAUAGGAGCAGAAAUGCAGAAGCCACAGGGAUACAAAACUCGAGGCAUCGGUUUAAUGGCUCUCCUGGAUUUAUAGUCAACCCAUUAGCUGAAAUUCGACCAGAUAAUGGAUCUGCAGGAAUGCCUCACAAUUGAGGGACGAAGAGAAACAAAACAUUGAGAAGCUUCUGAGACUUAAAACCACUGUGUGAAUGUGGUGAUUCAUACUGAUUGCUAAGUUAUUAUAUAUAUUACUUCCUAAGUUCUCAUUCGUUUUAGUAUCUCUUUUUUCUUGAAAGUAAAUUCUACUAAUUAGAUUGAGUUCAAAGAUAUCUUCAAUGUCUCUAAUGAGUUCUUUGCUGAAAUUUCUCUUGUGUUGCUUGUUUUCAUGGUGACUUGGUGAGUUUGCGUUAUGAGGUUAAUGAGUUUCAAUUUUCAUGUAAUAUAUUACAAAUGAUGAA